CUUAUUUAUUCCACAGACCUCACAAAAUAUUCUUUAGUCCUCUGAGCACGAAGGGAGGCCAGCAGUUUAUCCUCUACCUGCGCACGCCACGGACUAUCGGAUGUCUGUAUCGCACCUUUGCCAAGGAACACGAACAAAUGAUGAACGUGUAUGGACCAGGGAAGCCGGCUAAUGUUUGUCGACCACGAUUUGGCAUCAGACGCAUAGACAUGAUCUGCCUAAAAGAACCGGACUCCUCACCGUUCUACAUCAACCAAGAUUUCAAUGAAGACAAGAUUAGCUUCGGAGUUAGUACGGCAGCGUCAUGGCAAGACACCCUGACUUCUAAACCGGAGUAUUGGACCUGUAUUAGCAACCUGGCCAUGUCUGAUAGCAGCGGCGCGCCAGGGUUUAUGCUCUGCACGAACCACUACGCAAUUUGGCAGGCUUUUGAUAACUUGAAGGUGGCUGAACCUAAAUGUUAGGGCGCUAAAGGUCUUACUUUGAAGUAGGUGAAUAAAGUACACAUGACUUUUAUUAUCAAAGAA